AUGCAGCAUUUCAACCUCCACGUCCUGCUUCUGGGCAUCAUCCUCUCCCUCUCUGUCGGCACGGCGUCGGCGCGCAGGUUGAUCUUCCUGAACGGCAGACAGGCCCAGGACGAGACAAGGACCAGAGGUACCUGUACGCAGAUGAGCAACAAAUGCCAUCUCCCGGGCCGAGACGACCAAUGCCCCUUUGACUCUGCUCCUUGUGUCCUGAUAGAGCCAAAGGGGGAUUCGAGCCGUAAACCAGAGAUACGAUGUGGGUACCUGGGCACACAGGGAGCGUGA